AUACCCGACGGCGGCGGUAAAUCAUGGCUGAUGAUUGUAUGUUGUUCUAUCUUAUGUUUCUGGUUUGUCGGCACGUCCUACUCGUGGGGAGUGCUACAAGCGGCUCUCGUCGAUCGCGGCCUCGCUCCAGCCUCGACACUCUCUUUUAUUGGCUCCAUCUCGAUUUGCCUUCUUGCCGUCUUGGCAAUGAUCAAUUCGCGCGCCCUGGGUGUCAUAGGCGCACGCAAAAUGGGCAUCAUCGGGGUCCUGUUCAUGGGUCUUGGGCAGAUACUGGCCGGCUUUGCCACGCAUAACGUAGCGGGGCUCUUCAUGACUGCCGGCGUCAUGAUGGGCAUUGGCGUCAGCCAGUGUUUCAUGGUCGUGUCAAUUACACCUGUACAGUACUUUUCCACCAAGCGCGGCACUGCGGUCGGUAUCGUCUACGCAGGCGGUGGGCUUGGUGGUGGGGUCAUUAGCUUGUCCCUCGAAGCAGGCGUACGCAAACUCGGCGUCGAAUGGACGUUCCGCAUCGUCGGUUUACUUAUGCUUGCUACAGGGUUGCCGGCUGCUUGGUUCGUCAAAGAACGAUUCACCGUCAUGCGCAAGCAAUUUAUUGACUGGUCGCUCUUUAAAAACUCGGAUUUCCUUUUCUUGUUUGUCGCAGGAGCACUGGGAACGUUCCCUCUCAUUGUUCCUCCCUUCUUCCUGCCCCUGUAUGCCCAGUCGCUCCACUUGAGCGCAACCCUUGGUGCCGUCCUUGUCUGCGUGUGGAACUUUUCUUCCGCAGUCGGUCGCGUCUUCACAGGCAUCUGCUCUGAUCGUGUGUUUGGCCCGCUUAACACACUCUUCCUUAUCCUCUCCCUCAUCGCCUUAUCACUACUCGUUAUCUGGCCGACCUCCACCUCCUUCGGACCCGUGCUCGUAUUCGCUCUCAUCAACGGCGCAGCUAGCGGCGGGUUCUUUGCCAUCAUGCCCACCGUCGUCGGUAGCGUCAUGGGCACACAACUUAUGGCUGUGGCUUUUGGCAUGAUCGUAACCGGUUGGGUUGGAGGAUAUCUCGCCGGCGCACCUAUUGCGGGUUACAUCUUGACGGCUUUUGGUGGCACUGGCCAUGGCAUCUCGGCCUACCGACCUGCCAUGUUCUAUGCUGGUGGCAUCGCCGCUACCGCCGCCUUAAUCAUUGGCGCACUGAGAUUCCGUAGGAGU